AUGUUAACAUUAAGGGAAGGUAUUGAUAAAUGUGAUAACAGUAAAAUUAUAUCAUCUUUGAUAAAAUUAAGAAAGUUGUCGGAGAACAGUGCAAUAGAAAAAAAAACCUUUUUAUUAUUAGUAGAUUUAUUAAAAGCACCAAACACAAAAAUAUUGAAUUAUGCUUUAAGUUUAUUGGCUAAUUGUUGCAUUCACAAUAAUUAUAGAAUAAUGUUUAAAGAAGCAGGAGGUGUCACACAUCUUAUUUUAAUAUUGAAUACAAUAGACUGUGAUGGCAUAAUUUGUAGAGCUUGCAGAUUAGUAGGUAAUUUAGCAUUAAAUAAUGAAAUAGCUAAACAUUUAUGUGAGAAUAAUGUUGGAAUAUCUCUGUUGGAUAUCUUGGAAAGACAUGAAAAUUUAUCCAUGGAUGCUUUGACGAUGGCUUUUCGAGCAACCAAGUAUGCAUUAACAAUAGCAUUUUUAGUUUUUAGCUCUAAAAUUGUACAAUUCAGUAAAAUUUAUCAUAUUUUAAAGAAACUUUGGACAUUUGCCGAAUUCAAAUGGAAAAAAAUUCCAGAUAACUUGAUAUCUUUAUUUAAUAAAUCAUUGGAUUCUGACAAUAGUGAAUUUAUUAAAUUAGUAUUAAAAUUAUUAUAUUUAUUGACUGAUGUUAAAAGUGUUCGAAAAAAUGGUCAAUUUAAAGUAGAUCUUUUCAGGGCUUUUCAUAAAUUGUGUACAGAAGGAGCAAUUAGAAAUAAAGUUAGACUUUCAGGUUUGUUAACUAAAUUAAUAAAUAAAUGUGAUCCUGGGAAUGAACAAAAAUUAUUAGCUGUGUUAUACUUGUUUCAAUAUGAUCAAGCUAGCAUGUGGAUAUGUUCACAAAAUCCUAAAUUCAUUGCCAUGUUAUUUAAUAACAUAAAAAUUCCAACAUCUGUUCAAUUAUUAAUAAUUAUAUCCAGAAUAACACCUCCAGUUAAAGAAUUAGUAAUCGAUGAAAAUUUAGAUAUAAUAAUAAAUAACAAAGACUGCCAUUCCGUAUUGAAAAAUAUUACUAAAACAAAUCAAUUUUUAAAACCUUUAUUGUUAUCCGGUAAAGUUUGGAAAAUAGAAAAAGCUGGAUGUUCGAUGGAAGAAUUGGGUAGUCUUGUUCAUACCGAAAACCUUUUAAUCCAACUUUUAAGUUCGAUAGAAAAUAAAAUUAAAGAAGACGUUUCAUUAGCGGUACCUUUUUUAAUAAAACCUGAAAAUUUUGAACUUUUAUGCAAAUUAUUAAUUCAACACGAAGCCAUGAAUGUUAUAUUAAAAAUAUUUAAAGAAAAUCCAUUAGAAGAAAAAGUUUUAGCAACCAUCAUCAGAUUACUUUAUACAUUCCGUCAAAAUUAUUACAAACCCGAGUGUUUUUUUAAAGGUUUCGGCGAGAAUAUGGCGUGCGAUGAUGAUUUUAUAAAUUUACAUAAUGUAAACGAUGAGGCCAACGUGAAUACGAAUUUAAAUUUAACGAAUGAAUUAGUCACGUUUGAAUUAGACGAUGGAAAAUUCGUAACGGCUAAUAAAUCAUUACUUUGUAAUCAUUCCCCGGUAAUAAAUUCCAUGUUAAACGGUCAUUUUAUCGAAGCCAAUCAGGAAAAAGUCAGACUACGAAAAUGUUCGGAAAAAUGUUUUAAUUUAUUAAUAAAACUUUUACUUAACGAAGCAGACUUGACGACGAUCGAUGUUAAAAUUUAUUUAGAAUUAUUAUCGAUAACGGAUAGAUUUUUACUUAACGACAUAAACACGAUAUUAACGAAUAAUUUGAAAAUCGAUAAAACGACUUGUUCUUCCGUUUACGAAUGGUAUCGUAAAGCUGGUUACACGAAAAAUAAUUCAAUCAUACGUCAAAAAAUCUACCAAUUUUUAUUCACAUCGUCGGAAAAUUUAUUAUCGGUUUUGAAAAAUAACGAAUCGUGUAAAUCCGCGCUCGUAAAUGAUAUAUAUCAAUAUUUUUCUAAAGUUUUAAAAGAUUUCAUUUAA